AUGGGCAACAAAUUGAGCUGCUCAUGUGCGCCCCUGAUGCGCAAAGGUGGCUAUCGUUAUGAAGAUUCACCCUGGCAAAGUUCACGUCGUCGCGAUGGUCAUCUAUUGAGUUCAUUUCGCCUCUGGGCUGAGGUUUUUCAUGUAUCGGCCAGUGGUGCCGGAACGGUCAAAUGGCAGCAAGUAUCGGAAGAUUUGGUUCCUGUUAAUAUCUCAUGCAUACAAGAUACACCGGAAUGUGUUUUUCACAUAACGGCCUACAACAGUCAGGUGGACAAAAUUCUGGAUGUGAGACUCGUGCAACCAGGUACACGUAUUGGGCAAGCCUCAGAAUGUUUUGUUUAUUGGAAGGAUCCCAUGACCAAUGAUACAUGGGGUCUGAAUUUUACAUCACCCAUCGAUGCUAAACAAUUUCGCGAGUGCUGUUGCGACGUUUUACAGUCGCCUUCUUUCAAAUUUUCACGAAAGGCCUCCUCGAGUUACUCGCUGAAAUUGGAUCCGCCUGGCAAAGGCAAGGUGAAAGCCAAACGGAAGCCAUUGAGCACCCCAGCCUCCCCAUCCCGGGUACGAAGUGAGCCACAAUGCACCUGCAUGACCGCUGAACAAUAUGCACGCCUGAGAAAUGAUCCACGUGUUAGAGGUUCAUCUACUCUGCCACGUAAUGUUGGCUCCAGGGUUGCCUCUGAGGCCGAUGGCCAAACACAUCAGAAGGUCACCAAUGCCGCAAGUACCACUUCACUCUAUGACAAUGUAGCCAGUGGUGGCACUGGCGGACAAUCAUUAAGUACUGGUGGAGAUACAUUGGGGCGACCUAUGAAGACACAGGAUGCUGGCGCUACAGCAAAUGGAGCUGUGUGUGCUGGUGCCGCUGCACCAGGUGGUGCUGCUGGCACUGGUGAUAUAUGCACUCAAAAUCAUGUGGGCUCUCAGGCUGGACCCGAGGACGCAAUGGCCGCUCAAAGUGAUGUUGAUAUGCCAAAGAGUGAAGGCACUCAAGCCGGUGGGCCAAUGCAUCAAUCGGUGGGUACAUCGACCAAAUCCACUGGCACUAGGACCAAGGAAUAUUCUGAUGAUAUGACACGCGAUCCACAUGGGCACGAUAUGCAUCAGCACCAGCACCCGCACCAGCACCAGCACCAACACCAGCACAACAUAAUUAACAACAAUACCAGACGCAAAACCAAAAGCACCGAGGACAUGAAUGUCGAUACGAGCACUUUGAAGCGUAUGCUGAAGCCCAUGACCAGCACCGAGAGCCCGGUGACCUCGCCGGAGAUGGGUAGACGGCGUUACAAUUACUACAAUGCCAAUGCAACGAAUACGUUUGGGCCACAACACAUGCACCAGCACGCUGCCGCCAUGGCUGGCAUGGGCGGUGGGGGUGGUGGUGGUGUUGGUGGUGGAGGUGGUGGAGGUGGUGGCAUGCAUCACAUAAUGAACAACAACAAUACAUUGGGAUUAGUUGCUGGUCGCAACGCCAAUCAGUCGUCGCGAUUUUCGGGAUCAAGGUCCUCCCAUGAAAUUGGCCGUGGCUAUACGCCAAGAAAUUUGUACUUGGAAUUGGAAAGAGAACGUAGCUGCAUUGAGGGUUCUCCCCCCUCGGACAACGUCAUGUUCGACAAUCAAUGUUACGCCACUACGCCCAGCUCCAGCAAUGGCAACUCGGACCAGGAUCAAUCAUCAUAUGGACAGAGGGGUCCCGCAGCCGGUGGUCCCCGCCAUCCACAUCGUCAUCAGGGUCCCAAUGUAACCCCAACACCAGGUAGUCCCACUUCCCGUCUGCUCUUGGAAUACGAAAUGCAUUUACGCAACACCUUGGCCAAGGGUAUGGAUGCUGAGUCUUACAGUCUGCAUACCUUCGAGGCCUUACUCUCACAGAGUAUGGAGAACUUGGAAUUUGCCGAGAGUCUGCCCGGAUCCAUGCAGCGCAGCCCGUUUCCCAUGCGUAGGCCUACUAGUGCUAAAUCUUCUACUCUACCUUUGCCUCCACAUCGUCCUAUGUCUACAGUGCGCGACAAAGAGCGUGAUCGUGAGCGUGAUGGCUACUACAGUGAUCGCAAUGAGUUGGUGCGUGAACGAGAGCGCGAGAGAGAACGUGAACGAGGCUAUCUAUCAGAUCACAAUACCAGUUUUUCCAAUUCCCGUUGUGCUUCUUGCAUUGGCGAAUCGGCCAGAGCCCAGUGGUUCCGUCAUUCGGAUGGCUGGCGUUCUGGUAGUUCGACCAUUGGUUCCGGUUCCGGCCAAGGCCUAAUGUCGCAACAAACAAACAGUUCGGGCACUAAACGUUCGCCUUGGGACUCGCUUCCUUCUUUAAGGCAGGACAGUAGCCUAAAUGAUUCAGGCUACAAAAGUGCCCGAGCUGAUUCAUUGGAACAACGAGCCGAAUUUAUACGCCAGGACAGUUUAAGAUCUGAUUACCUAAGUGAUCGUGACUCACGUUAUGGCAUUGUGCAACAGGCUUCCAUUGAGAGCACCGAUUCUCGAAUGUGUUAUUUAACGUCAUCUGAGAUUUCCGACGAUGACCGCAUGAGUUUAACUACAGCCGUAUCGGAUGAAGAUGAUGGCGAAAGUGUCAUGGCGUCACCAUACAAAGCAAAAGCAACUGGAACGGCGGCAUCCUCAUUCAAUUGUACAGGAGCUGUACGCAAAGCUGGUUUCCUGUCUGUGAAGAAAUGGUUAUUGCGAAAGAAACAUCAAAUCGAAUUAGCCCGUAAACGCGGCUGGAAGGGUUAUUGGGUGUGUCUGAAGGGCACCACUCUACUCUUUUAUCCCUGUGAUUCGCGCGAGGGUCGCAGUGUUGAGGCGGCCCCCAAGCAUUUGAUUAUAGUCGAUGGUGCGAUAAUGCAGCCCAUACCCGAGCAUCCCAAGCGUGAUUAUAUCUUCUGUUUAAGCACCGCCUUUGGCGAUGCGUACCUCUUUCAGGCUCCAUGUCAGGUUGAAUUGGAGAACUGGGUUAACAGCAUUCACAGCGCUUGUGCAGCAGCCUUUGCCCGUCAUCGGGGCAAAACGGGCACACUGCAUCUGCUGCAGGAGGAGAUUUUCCGCAUCGAAAAAGCCAUCGAAUCGGAUCAUAAGCUGAAACAUAUGGCCGAGCUACAACAAUCGGUGGUCACCGAUCAGGAUACACGUCUACAGAUCCAAGGUCAGAUACUGCAAUGGGAAGAGAAUUUGGAACGUUUGCAUUGUGAACAAUUCCGUUUGCGCUGUUACAUGGCCUCGCUGCAAAGUGGCGAGCUACCCAAUCCCAAGUCCUUGCUCACCCAUGUCUCACGCCCUACCAAAAAUACUCUCAACAAGCUGGGCGUCUUUACGGUUUCCUCCUUCCAUGCCUUCAUUUGUGCUCGCUCGCCCUCUUUGCUCAAUAAUCUAUUGGCGGGUCGUGGUGCCACAAAGCGACGACCUCCCAUGCUAUCGCGUUCGAAUAGCGGUUCCAGUCGUCGUUCCAUGCAGCUAAACUCCCGCGAUGAGCCGGAAAAGACAUUCAAAGUUGCCAUGCCGGACAAUGCAUAUUCGACCGUUUAUCUACGUGAUGCAAUGUCUGUGGAGGAAUUCUUGGCCAGUGCCUGCGCCCGACGCAAUCUCAAUCCCAUGGAACACUUUGUACGUGUGAAGAAGCGACGUGACAUGGAGGAUCACAAUUACUUUGUGCCACAUCGAAACGAUUUGAUAGAGAAUUACCUACACAAUCAUGAAUUUGUCGAGGUGUGUAUGAAGAUCUUGUAUCAGGUGGAACUGCAUCGCACAACUCUGGAACAGAUGUGGGGUUUUUCGGUGGAGGCAGAACUUAUUGAGAAUGCCGAACGUCAAGAUGAGCUCUGCUGCUAUGUCAGUCGUGUCGAAGACAAAAGUGUUGCCAUGCAAAAUGGUAUCAUUAAAGGAGAUGAAAUUAUGGUUAUCAAUGGUGCUAUUGUAUCCGAUUUGGAUAUGAUGUAUUUGGAAAGUGUCCUCCAGGAGGAGCAAUCACUAAGCAUGAUGAUGAGAUCGUCACGCACCGAACCCCCAGAUUUGGGCAGCAUAAUGCGGGUGACCGAUGAUAUGAUUGACUCACUGGUAUGUCCACCGCCACCCACAGAUCCCCCAGUGAUGAGUGAGGAAAUGAUUACGGGUCUCAUAGUGCCAGCGCCCGGUUGGAAUGGCACCGGCAAAGAUUUGUAUUCACCGGAAGCAGAAAGUUCACCAGCUCCCUCGUUUGUAGAGCCUUCGGCUGGUUUGGUGCCUGGUGCUGGCACUAAGCCCACAUCGCGCACAAGUAGUUUUGAAAUAGAGAAUUUGCUAAAGACCGCAGAACAGGUUACCGGAUUUUGUCGUUCACCUCAGGAAACCCGCAAAGCGAGCCCCACAGGAUCUGUGACAUCAUCGGUUUCAAAUGCCGCUCUAACGCCGUCGCGCCAACUAACGGAUGCUGAGAAAUUGCGCAAAGUCAUAUUGGAAUUGGUCGAUACGGAGAAAACCUAUGUCAAGCACUUGAAUAAUCUCCUCGAAAACUAUUUGGAACCCCUAAAGCGUGAAACUUUCCUAUCGAAUGCCGAAAUCAAUGCUCUCUUCGGCAACAUACAUGAAAUUGUCACCUUCCAGAGGCAAUUUUUGCAAAAUCUUGUUGAGGCACUAGAGCUUGAACCUGAUUUCCACAAAUUUGAUCAUCCUAGUCAAUAUCGCAAUGUUCUAUUUGCCAUCGGUUCCGCAUUCCUGUAUUAUGUGAAUCAUUUCAAGCUCUACUCAUCAUUUUGUGCUAGCCACAGUAAGGCGCAAAAGGUUUUGCAUCCAAAUGAAGGAAAUCAUGCUUUGCAAGAGUUCCUAAAUGCACGCAAUCCCAAACAGCAACACAGCUGCACUUUGGAAUCGUAUUUGAUAAAACCCAUACAACGUAUCCUAAAAUAUCCCCUGCUAUUGCAACAAUUGCGUAACCUAACCGAUUCCCGGGCAGAUGAACAUCUACAUUUAUGCGAGGCCUUGAAGGGCAUGGAAAAGGUGGCCGAACACAUCAACGAAAUGCAAAGAAUCCAUGAGGAAUAUGGAGCCAUAUUCGAUCAUUUAUUCCGGCAACAUCAAAAGGCUUGCAAACAGCCAAUAGACUUGAGUCCAGGUGAUCUUUUGUACUAUGGCGGCGUAGAAUGGUUGAAUAUAUCCGAUUUUCUGGGCAAAAUCAAAAAAGGUUUGGAAUUACAUGCCAUGUGCUUCGUUUUCAAAUCAGCGGUUGUGUUCCUGUGUAAAGAACGUCUACGACAGAAAAAGAAACUAAUGGGUGUCUCCAGUAAAAGUACCCCCAAUGAGGUGGAAAUCAUACGUUAUCAGGUGCUUAUACCAGUUACCGAAGUCCAAGUGCGUGCAUCUUCGGCCAAAGAUAUGGAUUCACAUUUCCUAUGGGAAUUGAUACAUCUGCGUUCGCAAUUGCAAAGACGUUCCGAGAAGGUCUAUGUGCUGUCGAAUAGUACAGCGGAUUUCCGCAAUGCAUUCCUGAAGACCAUUCGACAGAUAAUACGUGAGAGUGUGCGUAACAUGUCGAUUCCUAUGAAGAAUUUCGGUGGCAGCUCUGGUUCAGUGUCGGGUAUGUCAUCGCAGGGUGGCUGCUCAGGCAGUUCACAAACAUUGGAGCGACCCAAACAACAGAUAACAAUAAUGCAGGGCUCACAGACUUUGGGUAAGCCCAAGAAGAAAUCCGGCUCCCAAAGACAUUCGGCUGGCAACAUAGAUUAUGAUAACAUCUCAGGUAGUCAAGAGGCAGAAGAUGUACCAUUCCAAGAGCAUCAUCAUAUGCACACAUUACACACCUCCACUUUCCGUAGUCGUAGUAAAACCGUGGGCGAUGCCUCAGACAUUAUGGGAGCUGCCAUGGAAUCCUCACAAACCCAACAGCAGCAGCAUCAUCACCAACAACAACAACAAAUACAUCAUCACUACCAACAACAACAGCAGCAGCAACACCAGCACCAUCAACAAUCACAAAGUGAUAUUGAGCGCAUGGAUCCCGGUACCAAGUCCGAAGGUGAAGAGGAAUUCCAGCAGGGUACCAUAAAAACGAAGGCUUCCCUGGGUAGGACACCCAAUCACUUGACAUUAAGCACCACAUCUACACUUUCUGUGGGUAGUACCGGCAGCCAGGCACGCUUAAUUCAAUCAUCACAUCCGCCAUCAACGUAUCAACCAGUUCUUAUGAAAGACUUAGGUAAGCCUAGCGAUGAUAAGGCAACCCUAGAUACUGAUUCUCAAGCAGCCACAACUGCGGCCGCCCUUAAUUUAAGUCUAGGUAGUAGUGGUAGUCUCUUUACAACCCCCAGUUGUGGCAGUUCCAAUCGUAGACAACAUAACACCGCUGAUGAUAAUGCCAAUGGCAAUGUCUUGCAUGCCGCCUCCUCCUCCUCCUGCUCCUCCUCAUCAAUGCCGGGUAAAUUUUCUCCUCGCCAAUCGCCCAAUCGCGAUGUGGAAGUUAUUGAGAUAUUUAAGAGUGAAAUAGAUAGGAUUAGUGCUGCCACGCAGCAGGUAUCGGUUGUGCACUUCUCGAGUAAGGAAACAUCGUCUUCCAGAAAAUCGCCCUCCUCCAUGGUUAGAGUUGGGGCGGAAAACGUUAUGGACGACAGCAGUGCCCAGUAUAUGGACAAGCAUUUGAGUGAAUUGCAACAGGACAGACUGAACGAGACCAUGACCUGUGACAUAGAAGCGUAUAUGGCCAACUUGAAGGAGGCCUCGUUGGAGUCCACCGAUUUGCAAAUCGAGGCGGGAGAUCAGCAGCAAAAUGACUCAAGUCUCUCGCCCGAACCCCAAACGGUGGUGGAGAACACCCAACAAACGGUUACGGCCGACAUAGAGUCUCCACCCCGGCCCCCAGCUACUGAAUCGGAUAGUACAGGUACCACCACCUACACCACUUCGGAGAAGUCCGAAGAUGAAUCGGAGGGUGUGCCCUCCACCUCGUCCGCCUCUCAUCAUGUGGUCAUUGACAAGAAGGUGGAUAAGGUUUUCAAAUCCAAGUCCUCGGAUAAGAUUUCCAAGAGCAGCCAAAAGGCCAGCUCCAGUGGUAGCAAUGGCGGCACCACCAGCAGUGGUAGCGGCAGUGGUGGCGGCUCGUCAGCCCCCAAGACCAAGCUGAAAUCACCUCGCCAGAAUAUUUACAUUUCACCUGACCGCUCCAAAUCUCAGGGUAGCUCGCCUGUGCGCAUUAUCAAGAUCAAAUCUCCUCGCACCAGUCUCAGUGAUCAGGGUAAACGUUUGAGUGUUAGCUCCAGCCGCGAUUCCUCGCAGGAUCGCCUGUCCACAGGACGACGCACACCCAGUCCCAGGCGUUCCUCGGAUGGCAGCGGUGGCAUUCUAAAGCGUUCGGUCAGUCCCUCGGGUGGCAUACUGAAGCGGCCCUCCAGCCCCUCCAAGGCCAAAAGUCCCGAUCGUAGUUGCCUCAAAAAAUUGACCCCCUCCCAUGACUGCAGCAUUGAGUCGCUCUCACCGCACAUUUCACCACACAAUAGCAUCGAGUAUUUGUCUCCGGAUCGCUCGGCCACCUGCACCAUGUGCCAACAUCAUUCGCCACGAAAUAGUUUUGACAGCCGCAGUUCAGAGCCCAAUCUGGAUAUGCCUCGCUCUUCGCUGAAGUCACCACGAGGUAGUUUUGAGUCUCGCUCACCCGAUCGCAGCUAUGGGGGUGGGGGCGGUGGCGUUGGUGGUUCACGCAAACGCAGCGUGUCCGCCCAUGCCAAUAUCGACCAUGUGCAGAAGUCUAAGACCGCAGAGGCUUACUAUCAGUACUAUCCCAUCUACGACAAUCGCACCUGCAGCGAUCACUAUGUGUCCAUAAGGCGUGACAGCGAGCAGCGACCCGAGGUGCAGCAUCGACGAGCUAGCAAAUCGCUGGAACGUUCCAUGUCGCGCGACAGCACCACCAGCAGCUCCUAUCGCUAUGGUGUCUCCCCAGAACGCAUUUAUACCAUCAACAAUGCUGCCGCAGCCGCAGCCGCCUCCGAUCCCAUGAUCAUGAUGAAUGUGCCCAUGCGCUCCCAGUCGGCGGAGAAUACCUUUUCGGCGGCCAGCUAUCGCCAUGAAGCCUCGCCAGCCCAGUACUAUCACUAUGGUGGUGCCCAACCCACAGCCACGUUGCAGCAACAAUAUGGUCUUUGCUACGAACCUCAAUGUCCCCACGACCGUCCCUACCAAUUGAGCUCUUCCGCCCCCGAACACACCACUUGCAUGGACUGUUUGUAUCAGAAGCGGCCCUCCUAGCAUAGGGGGCGCGUGCGACAGAGUCGUACGCGCAAGAAAGUACCCCGAGGAGCUGUUCUCAUACAGGGACCCAGCGGCAUUAGUGGCAUAUCGGGCCAUGGUGAGAUAUGUGAUGGUGCCUUGUUCAACUCCCAGGCAACGAUAGUGCAACAGCCACGCUCAAUGGCCUCGGCCGGAGUUGGCCUGGGUGCCGCUCUGGGUAGUAGUGUUGCUGGGGGUGGUGUUGGUGCUGGCGUUGGCGGCGAUAUGGGUGGUGGAUGUGUCGAUUGCCAUGAUUUUUAUGAAAUUCAUGUUUAAAUUGCAAGUGACGGAUAAUCAUAAACUACCAAGUCCAAAUGCCUCUCCUUGACUUCGAAGUCCUUGGAAACUGUAACUAAUUUCCCUAAAUCUAUACUGAUGAGGAUGAUGAUGACGAUGGAGUCAUCAUGAUUCCCCAUUCUUCCAAAUACACUCCUACACACACACACACACACAUGAAAAACCAGAAGGCACUUGCAAGGUUCCUAAUACAGGGUAUCCAAUAUAGAAGAAAUUACGAGAAAUCUAAUACCUCAGCCAAUGCUAAUAACGUAAAGAAUUAUACAACAACAAACAUCAGUGAACCAUAACCUCAGAAAACGAAAUAUACAACAAGAUGAUGAUGAGGAACAAGAAGAAAAUCUAUUGACUUUCCCUGCCCCUCCCACCAUCCCCACACUAACUCUGUCCCCAAGUAAACACUCCACACUACCACAAGCAUAAAACAUACGACAACUCUUAAAGGAAGUUAACAUUCAUCAUAGAAGUAACAAAAUAACAAAAUAAUUAAAAUUUUAAAGGUAAAUUUACAAAAACAACGCAUCAUAACUGCAAGAAUUUCACCCCAAACAUAGUGUGCUCCCAUGGGUACAGAGUAAACGGCUUCCCCUCCCUCCUCCAAACAAAAAGAACUUAUCGUGUAACUUAGGGCA